CAUAAGCUCUCCAUCCAAAAGGGAGAGCAAAAUUGAGAUCCCAGUGCCCACACAAGGGUGCUUAGGGGCCCCCAAAUGGAGCUCCUGGCUAUGCCCCAGAGCGUGCAAGAAGAGGAGUGGUGGAGAGCUACAAGAACCUAGAAACCCAGGAAAGGCCAGGCUGACUGAGGAGCAGAGAGGAGAGAACAGCUGGCAUUUGCUUUGGAGUUGGAGGAGGCAGCUCAAGAAAGGUGUGAAUGAGGCAGGAUGAACUGGACAGGUUUGUACACCUUGCUCAGUGGCGUGAACCGGCAUUCGACUGCCAUUGGUCGGGUAUGGCUCUCGGUCAUCUUCAUCUUCAGGAUCAUGGUGCUGGUGGUGGCUGCAGAGAGUGUGUGGGGUGAUGAGAAGUCCUCCUUCAUCUGCAACACCCUUCAGCCCGGCUGCAACAGCGUCUGCUACGACCACUUUUUCCCCAUCUCCCACGUGCGGCUGUGGUCUCUGCAGCUGAUCCUGGUCUCCACCCCGGCUCUUCUCGUAGCCAUGCACGUGGCUCACCAGCAGCACAUAGAAAAGAAAAUGCUGCGACUCGAGGGUCACGGAGACCCCCUCCACCUGGAGGAGGUGAAGAGGCACAAGGUCCACAUCUCAGGGACACUGUGGUGGACCUAUGUCAUCAGCGUGGUCUUCCGGCUGCUGUUCGAGGCCGCCUUCAUGUAUGUCUUUUAUCUGCUCUACCCGGGCUACGCCAUGGUGCGGCUUGUCAAGUGUGAGGCCUACCCCUGCCCCAACACUGUGGACUGCUUCGUGUCCCGCCCCACUGAGAAAACCGUCUUCACUGUCUUUAUGCUGGCCGCCUCUGGCAUCUGCAUCAUCCUCAACGUGGCCGAGGUGGUGUACCUCAUCAUCCGGGCCUGCGCCCGCCGAGCCCAGCGCCGCUCCAAUCCACCCUCCCGCAAGGGCUCAGGCUUCGGCCACCGCCUGUCACCUGAGUACAAGCAGAACGAGAUCAACAAGCUGCUGAGUGAGCAGGACGGCUCCCUGAAAGACAUACUGCGCCGCAGCCCGGGCACCGGGGCUGGGCUGGCUGAGAAGAGCGACCGCUGCUCGGCCUGCUGAUGCCACGCACCAGGCAACCGCCCAUCCCGCCCCCCCAACCCUGCCCUGGGCCUACCCCUUCUUCUCCCCUGCCGGCGUGCAGGCCUCUGCCUGCUAGGGACUGCUCCAUCAACAUCUUCCUGCCCUGCCAUCUCCCUUCCUCCCAGGGCCUUCCGCCUGAGGGGCCGAACAGGCUGGGAGCUGGAGGCCACCCACGGCCAGUGCUCAAGGUUGUGGGGGUGUGGGCAGCUCUUCUUGUCCGUCCCCCUUUUCCCUUCCCUCUCCCUCUCCCUGGGGCCGCUGGGGACAAGAGAUAGGAUGCUCUGACAGCAUCUCCAAUUGUGAAACUAAUCUUAACCCCGUGUUGUCAGAUACCCUAUUUCUGGAGUCACAUCAGUGGGGAGGGACGUGGGCAAAGUGGAAUGGAAGGAGGGUGCCGUGGACAUGUGGGUGGAGAAGGGAGGGUAGUGCCCGCGAGGGAAGGAGGAACAGCACUUGCCGGCCACAAGGAAAAGCAGGACACAUCUGGGGUGGAGGAAUUAGGGGAGGGAGACGCAGGCAGAUAAGUUGGAGUGGGGGUUGGUCAGGGCCACCUUUGCCUCUGGUUCUCAAGGCCUCUCUCUGCCUGAAAUGUUACACAUUAAACAGGAUUUUACAGUAAAUGAA